AUUUUAUUGAAAUUAUACGGUAGGUUAGGAAGCAAGAUUUAUCAAAUUAAAAUAUGUAAAGAUAAAAAGAUGGUAAUAUAACAUUUGCAAGCUCACUAGAAGUGAUCACAAUUCUGAUCUAGAACGUGAUUUUAAAUGUAAAUUUUGGACUCGUAGAGUAGUAAAUUUAAUUGUAACAAGAAACAAUCUAAAUAAAGCAUGUCUUGAAAUAAUCAAUGUAAAGAACAUUUGGGUGAAUUGGUUUAAAUCUAUUUUAUUUUAGUUUGUUCAUAUUAAAGAAACUUUAUGUUGUGGCUAUUGGAAUUGGAUUCUUGAACUUGAUACUGAUGAUGAGGAAGAGAAAAAAGGAAUGUCCUUUUUGUUUCUUCAUAGUUAAGGCAGAGAAGAAGGAGAACAAUGAGUUGUAGUUUGAUUGGAAUUUCAAGCAUCCUUUAAAAGGUCGGAUCAACAACAAUUGGGAUAUAAUUAAGGAAAGAAGAAAAUCGUCUUAAGAAAUAGUUACAACGAUAGACAUUCAAAUCUAGUAAAUUUGAUAACUCAAACCGUCAUUAGUACUAAUCUAUACUAUUACUUGAGAAGUGAAUUUGCUUAAUUGUCAUCUUCUCCGUGAUUUUAGUUAAUUUGCUUACUUAGAAUUUUUCCAUGAUUUUAAGAUAAGUCAUUUGUCUAAUUAAUAUUAUUAUUUAAUUUUUUAUUUUUAUAUCUAUAUAUUUAUCAUUAUAUUUUAAAUAAUUAAUAAACAUCAACCUAUUUUACAUAUAUAUACUAAUAUUUUUAAAAUAUAUUUUAAUAUACAAUUAUCAUGAUAUUUAGGAUAUUUAAUUAAUAAGUAGAUAUUAAUAAUAUCUACCGAUAAUAUCAUCAUCAUUAUUUUUUAUCUCAUAUUUAAUUUGUAAUUUUAAUGACUAAUAUUAUAAACCAAUUUCUCUUGUUGUUUUGAAAAUAUUGAUCAAAUCCAGAUUAUUAUACAAUUUAUAUAUAAGUAUACUAAUAUAUCUGAAUUAAUCGGUUUCUUUGGUUUUUUUCGGCAGACAUACAUAUACUGCAGUUUCUUAAAAAUAACAUCCAUCCGGUUUAUUCAGUACUACCAAAUCCAGAACAUUUUUUCUAUUUCGAUUUGGUUCGGUUUUACUGGAUUAAACACUCCUAAACUAUCGUUAUCUUGUUAAUGUUUUAUAUUUGUGAUUUUUUAAUAAUAUUUUCAGUACCACGUGAUUUCUUUUCAGUCUAAAUACAAUAUUAGUUAAUUUCAAAUACAAAUUUCCUAAUUUAGUUAUUACUACAUAAAAGAUUUUGAUCCAAAAUCUACAUCACAUAAAUAAAACUUUGAAAUAAAAGAACAUAAUUUAAUACAUUGAUUACUAAUAUAAAUAUUGAAGUUUUAUCAUCUAUAAUAAUUUAAAAUUUGUAUCUAAUUUAAUCUGUUAUUAAAAACUAUGAAAAUAUUAUACUAUAAACGAUUAUCAUAAAAAAUCCAUUUCAUUAAUUUGUAACCUUUAUUUGUUUACACGCGCUAGUUAAAACCUGGCUAUUUAUAACUUUCAGCGACACUAUAUAACCAACCAAUUUGGAAGCACGAUCUCUCGCAUCACAAAAUCUUAAAUAAUGGAACUAAAACACAGAGGUUUGCCUGUAGGAUUCAGGUUUCGUCCAACAGAUUGUGAGAUUUCAAAAUAUUUAUUGACCAAAAAUGAUAUGGAAGAACAACCAAUGAAAAUUCGUAAUGUACGGUAUGUACCUGAAGAGUGUCAUGAUAUAUUCUCAAAACAUCCUCGUGACUUGCCUGGCUACCCAAGAGAAACGGAUUUGUACUUUUAUUGCAAAAAACUAAGUAGCCAAGUUACUACCAACUCUCAUAGUAUUUGGAAACAAAUCGGAGAAGACACUGAUGUUUUAGAUCCAAAGAAUAAUGAUGCAUUAGUCGGUAUCAAACGUCCAUUUACUCUUGUUGAUCACGAAGAAGAGUCCGAUGAUAUUCUUUUGUCAGAUGAAGACGAACCUUCACAAUAUAAUUGGUUCAUGGAUGAAAUUAGCCUCCCAUUGUCAGUUUCAGAGACUGAUUGGGUUUUGUGCCAUGUUUUCCGCAAAAUAAAACCUGAAUUUGAAUCCAAAGAAGAGAAAGAAGAAGAAGAAGAAAGUGUUUUUGCAAAGAGUUUGGAUCUUCUUAGAGAGAACGAUGGAAAUGUUCUUCCUCCAUCUCAUUCUACACCUUAGCUUCUUCUGAUGGCUUUAUCAAGGUGUUCUUUAAAAAGGGUGGGUUAGUUUAGCUAUAAUUAUACUAAUUUUGUAAUUAUGCUACGAAUAAAAAAGAGAGCACAAUUUGUAAAGAUCAGUUUAUAAGAACCAGAAUGAAUGAAUAUUGCAUAACAAUAAUAAUAGCUCUUGGAACCAGAGUAUUAGAUUCUCCAUACCUCGCCGUAGUCCAAAACUUUAUCAGCUAGUUGAUGCAUACCUAAAUUGCCUUUAGACCAGUUUUCAGUUUUGAGAGAAAAUUUAGAGAAGAAAAGUGGCUUUACCAAAACAUGUUUAUUAAGUAAUACUUAUCUCUUUUUUAAAAAUGUCAUUUUAAGUUUUUUUUUUUGUUUCAACAAAGCAUUAUAGAUUUCCAAUGCAACUUUACAUAUUAAAUUUAUUUUAACCUUUUAAAUAAUCAAUCGAUUUUUAUUUAAUUAUUUUUAGUAGUUAAUUUACAUCAAACAAAAACACAUUAGUAUUUUUACAUUUUUUUAAUCAACGUGAAAUAUAUCAAAUUGACAUUUUUUUACGAAAUAAAUGAACUAAUUUAUUACAUGCAUAUAAGAAAAACAUAAACUAAAGAAAAAAACACACACACAUACACAUCGAAGCAAUAGCUAUCAUAUUAAGUAGUAGCUAGAUUAACGGAACAAUUUUGUCCAAAAAAAAAUCUUUUGUUGGUUGAAUCCCGGAAUUUGAAGGAGUGUCAUGAGAUGUUCCUAGUCAUAAUACGUCUUUUUUUUUGGGAGCAAAAUGGUCCUGGUCAUAAUACGUUUAUAUAACAUAAAAUGAUAAAAUCAUUAUGUUGAAUUGUUAUCUAUACUAUUUAUACAUUAUAUUUUCCAUUCGUUGAGUGCGUAAAUAUUAGUUAAAACAAAAAAAAAUAUUUCAGUUACAUUUUAAUAAUCUUUCUUUCAUAUAUUAGGUAAAAUUCUUUUUUGAUAAUUCAUAAAAUUUAUUGGUUUUUCAUUUUUUUUAAUAAUGCAUAAAAUUUUGGAUGCCAAUUUUCUAAAGCUACGACAAAAUCCAAAAAUGAUCUGACACCAAAUUUAGAUAAAACCAGUGAAUUUCAUGAUAGUGAUUCCAUUAAUUUUGAAGGUUAGUAAUUUUCUUAUGUAUGUAUUUCUAGUGAAUCAUAGUUAGAACACAUGUAUUACCAUAUAUUUAUAGAACUAUGAUAAAUGUAAAAAAUGUUAACACUAUAAACUAUAGAGAUGUUAAGAUACUUAUUUGAUUAGCAAGUUAAGUGUUAUAUGUGGCGCGUUAAACAAAUCAAUAACAUAAUAACAAUAUUUAUAAUUUAGUAUUAUGUAUCAUGUAAUAGAUUAGUUAGUUACUAAAAUUUAAAUUAACGAGUUAAACAACAAAGUUAGCAUGCAAUAAUCAUUAUUGUAGGUUGUUAAUAGUUGAUAUAUCAUUUAAAAAUAUUGUUAACGUAGCUAUUAGUUAUUACUUAUCAUGUAGCACAUAUAACAAACAUACAUAUUAACAUAGAUCUAAUAUUUUGUUUUACACGGUAAUAUAUAUAUUACCUGUUAAUUCUCAUGUUAAUUUUCACUGGAUCAUAGAUCAUACUUAUAUGUUUGUGGUAACUUGUUAUCGGCUAUAUAUCAUUAUAAUACGUUACAGUUUACUAUUAUGCCUCUUUUAAUAGUGAGGAUUUAAAUACUAUAUUUUUAAAUUAGCUGACAAUAUAAAUAUUAUUUAGCAAAAAGAAACCAAUAGUUGCUAUCAAAUUCGAAUCAUUGAGUUGGUUUAUUUGUCUAAUAUCACGUCUUUUCAGUAGAAACAGAGAGGUCCCAUAAAUUGGUUUAAUUCAUUGGAUAAAGUCAUGUUUCGCUGGCUUCUCUCUUCAAUCGACUGACAUUUUAAAGACAUUAUGCAAGGAUUGGAUUAUAAGUUAUAGGAGUAAAAUUGGAAUCGAAAUUAUCUUUAAUUUAUGAAGGAUAGUUCUCUAAUUAUGGUCACAUCUAGGGCUAUGAGAACCAAAUAUCUCUAGAAAAUUUAACUUGCUUUAUUUUUUUAGAACAAAGACUAUCAUGGAGUGUGAUCUUUCUCUGAAAACACUGAAGCCCUAACCGUUAGGAUGAUUUUUCUUUGAAAAUUUUUGUUUUCGUACUCUCCAAAUUUCAUCGUAUCUGGCACUUCAGAGUCAUGGGAGCACCACCAAAUGAUGACGAAGAGACUCUUCCACCACCAUAAGUGACACAUCAACAAACAAAUCCUAAAACUCAGAUCAAAGAUACAAAGAAUGACAGUGGAGAUACAAAUAUUACGAUUCCGGAGCACAUACUACAAAACGCCCAACCACUAUGGACAACUACUUGGUGGGAUUCUUCACUGGGGAUACACCACACAUAGGUAAGGUUCAUGCGAUUGUAAACCGUCUGUGGUCUAUGCUGGACAAGCCCUCAAUGUUGGACUCCAAUUCAUCCAUGCUCCAACAGUUUUGUUUCGCGUAGACAAUCCGGUAAUUCAAGCUCGGGUAUUGGAACAGCUCUCUUGGCACAUAAGACAUCCCUUUGAUGGUACAAUUAAGGGUGGAAUUCAAGGGCUUCCACACAUAAAACAAAUUUAUCAGCUCUCCCAAUAUGGAUUGAUCUCCAUGGAGUGCCUGCAAUAUGUUCUCCGAAAAAGGCUUAAAUGUUUUUAGGAGCAAGUAGGCUCAGCACAAAAACUCCACCCCAGUACGGAGAGAUGCAUUAGGCUGGAUGUGGCAAGAGUUCUUGUGGUGAUUAAUAUUGAAGGGUAACAUAUCCCUGGCUUCUUUCUAAAUGUAACGCAUGUAGAAGUUGGGGUCACUAAGAGAAGUACUGCAAAUGAAAAAAGAGAAGUUAUACUUCCACCAAAAUUUUAAACUCUAAUUUUCUUUUUGGUUGUCUUUUGAAAACAAGAGUACAAGAAAAAUAUGAUCAGUCAAUUAUUUCCUCCACCUUCUCCGGCUAGUCCUCUCCCACUAACUACGAGUUCAAUUGUCAAGGGAGAAUAUGGAUGUAUGGUUUCACUGGUCACAAUGGAGAUCUUGGCGCGUUUUCCUAAUUCUAUAUUUUUCAGACUAUAAUUAUGUUAUAUAUAUUGUCAGAAAAAAUGUGUGUACUCUUUCCUUCUAAUGAUUUCUCAAAAAAAAAAUUUAAAAAAUAUUUGAAGGUAAAAUAUAUUCAAAUUUCCUAAAUUAACCACAACUAUACCUCGAAACAAAUGUACAGUGAUUCAUAUUACAUUUAGUGUUUUUACAAUAAUGUUAUUUUGAAUUAUUUUUGAAAUAUAUAAAACAAUUUAAUCAUUACGAGACAAAUUUUAAAAAUAACAUGUAUAUUUUGUUUGUAAAAACCGUAAAUGAAUUUUGACACAAACACACAAAAAGAAAUAUAUCAAAUUAAUUAUAAACACCAGAAAAUGAAUUAAUAAUAUAUAAAUAUCUGUUAUUUUAUAAUGCAAUUUAAAUAUUAAAAUUAUAUUACAUAACUUGUAAAAUUAGAAUUCACACUAUAACUAUAACAAAAUUAGACAUUUAAACUUUCCUAGUAAAUUAGCAUACAUACCUAAAAAUAUUUAAUAUAAUAAACUUAAAUUCUAAUCAAACAAAAUUUAAAGAACAAAAAUAAGUUUUUAUGUAUAACACCAAAUUCAAUAAUUCCAUACAUAUAUAUAUAAAUAUAUAU